UGUGUGUGUGUGUACACAACUGAAGCCAUGUAAACACAAAUGGCUUGUUGUUGAAUAAAUUGAAUGAAAAUAGUUUAGACACCGAGAUAAAAUUUUGUUAUAACUGAUGUGCCUUUUGUAAAUCAAUAAGUUUCGUAGGGAAAAAAUGUUGGAAACGAAAAUGUUCGAUUCGGAGUACAGCGCGCUGAGACGCGGAGAACAUCAUGCUAUUCUUCAGGAAUACAAUGACAUCGUCGAGGAACUUAAACGGGAUUUGGAAAUGUGCAAAACAGAACAGACCGGCAUUCGUUCCGAGCUGCAAGCUCUGCACGUCGAGAAUAGGAAUGGCAGCGACGCCAUACGUGACUACAUCUCGCGCGUCCAUUCGGAGGAAUGUGGCAGCGAGGACGCGCACAAUAAGAUAAUCGCGAGCCUGAAGGAGCGCAUCGCGGCACUGCAAAUGGAGAAGGACUCCGCGGUCCAGCUGUGGCAGGUGUCGAUGAAAGCCGUGGACGCCCUGGAGCAAGAGCUGAGAGCUCGCCCGGUGGACAAUCGGGACGCCAAGUUUUACGAGGAGCAAUUGAAGGACGUCAGACAGUCGUAUUCGGAAGCGAUAAAGGCUUUGGAGAGCAAGCUACUUCAGACGAGGGAAAAUUUUACGAAGCACCAGUCGGCGUGGAUGUCGAGCAAGGAGACGAUAGAGGCUCUGAAGCGAGAGAAACAGGAGGCAGCGACGAGGCUUCAGGAGCUCCAGCGGGACGCUCAACAGAAAGAUAGGAAUAGUCAGCAGACGGUACAGUCGUUGACGGAAGAACUGUGUGCCGCGAAGGCGGAGGUGCAGAUGCUGAAUCACUUCAAGUCAGACUUGGAGAGGAGACUGAACGAGAGCAGAAGAGUGGCCAGCAAUAUUAUGGCGAAGAACGAGGAGACGAAGUGUAAGAUGGCCGAAACCCUCGAUCUGAUAGAGUCCGCCGUAAAAGAGAAGGACUUCGUGCUUCAGAGGGAGGCGCAAAUCGCGGAGCAGAACGCCAGGCUGGAAACUCGGUUGGCCUCCAUCGGCGAGGAGCACGCCGUCAAGAUGAGAGCGGAGAUCACCAGGUUGAAAGACGCUCACGAGUACAACGUGAAGAAAUACCUGUCCGAGAUCAGGGAGCUGAAGGCGGAAUUGCGGGAGAAGGCCGCGCUGUUGGAUCGAACGCAGAGGGAGAGCAGAUUGGCGGGGGAGGAACUGGAGCGGAUGCGUCGCGAUUCCGAGGAUCUGCUGGAGAGGUCAGCCGCGAAGAUUCUGACCUUCGAACAGGCGUUGAAACAGACGGACUCCAAGUUGGAGGCCUGCAACGAGAGCUGCAGGAGGCGGUGCAAUUUGGAGGUGCAACAGCUGCGGGAAAAGGUAGUCGGUCUGGAGGAAAAGUUGGCGACGUCGAGCGAGAGGUUGAGGCAGCUUCAGCAGCAGAACUCCACGGACGUGCGGGACCGCAUCAAGCUGGCCGACGAGAGGACGAAGGACGCGAUCGAUCGCUACGUUAACCUGGAGGGCGAAUUGGUCAAAGCCACGGACGACAACGAGUCCCUGGCGACGGAGCUGAAGUCGCUGCAGUUGGCCUUCGAUCGCGAGAUACACAAGAGAGAUUACGAGCGAUGCGCGCUGGAAACUAAGAUUCGCGAUUUGGAAGAGAGCCUUCUGAAGGAGAACUACAUAACGGAGGGUAAAUCGGGCGCCAAUGUUUCUCCAGCACAGGUUUUCUCGCAACAUCGGCCGGACACGAGCAAACACACUUUGGAUAUACGAGUUGAAAAUAUGGACUCCAAUUGGCAGUCUCUGUUAACUGAGCAAUUGAACAAGCAGCAAGAGCAUUUCGAUAAGAAAAUACGAGAGAUGACGCAGCACGUGACGGUUCAUCAAAAAUUAAGCAGAAGAUGGAGAGACGAAGCGAAAUCUCUGACGGCACGAUUUCAAGUAAAGUCUAAGGAACUACGUGGAAAAGUUAGUUCGUUACGGACAGAGAAUACCGACCUACACAAAGCACUCCUACUUUGCAAGCAACAACUUACUCAAUUUAGAGCAGACACCAUUCAACAUAGCUAUACACAAGGAGAUAUAUACAUACCCGAGACCAGAUGACGAUGUCCUAUAUUAGAUAUAGGACGAUUGCGACGUGUCUCAGAUGCUGUAAAUAUUACAGAGCGAUUGGCUUUACUGACCAAGGAGAUACAGACCUUAAGAAGCAACGUUAACUCUGUCUUUAAAUUAUUUCCUAUCUGUCUGACAGCGCUGAUACCGAGUUUAUUCUUUGGAAAUAAUGCAAGCUGCGAAUAAACUGGGAAACCAA